AUGAGAAACGGAUUGUACCAACUAUGGUGUGUGGCGAGUGCGGCAAGAGCAGUGGCCAGAGGCUCGUUGGCCAAGGCCAACGCGGCCAUGUGCGAGUAUGUGCACACGUCCAACAUCGUGGGCCGCUGGACUCGCGACAGGCAAUGGGAGGCUGCCAAGGCCUUGUCACAGCGGGUCAUCAGAGAGCAUGCUGCAAAGUAG